AAAAAAAAAGACAAAAAUUAAGGUGGGAAAGAGAGCUAGAAAAGACGAGAUUUUUGAAAAGGACUUGUUCUGAAAUCCCGAUCGCGGGGCGCAUCGGGUUCUCCGUUGCUUGAUUCUCUUGCUAGAAAUUUCACCCAAGGGAGUCCAGGUCUGGGGUUCGUCUCGCCGGCGAUCUGUCCGUGAGCGCGGGCAUCGGAGGCUUGGAGUUCUUGGCACCGAAUUGCUACCAUGAAUCCUUAUCUUGUUGGCCUGUUUGUCCCAUUGAUAUUCUCUGUGGUUCUGCGAAAGCAAAGGAAAGAGAAGAAGCGCGGUGUGCCUGUGGAGGUUGGUGGUGAACCUGGUUAUGCUGUCCGAAACUACCGUUUCACUUCCCCUGUGGAAACUACCCAUGAAGGGGUGUCUACCAUUCCGGAGCUGUUUGAGCAUUCAUGCAAGUUGUAUUCUGAUCAUCAUUUGUUUGGUUCACGGAAGCUGAUUGCGAGGGAAACAGAAGUUUCUCCAGAUGGGAGAUCUUUUGAGAAGCUUCACUUGGGGAGUUAUGACUGGAAGAGCUACAGUCAAGCCUUCGAGGCUGUUUGCAGCUUUGCUUCUGGUUUGGUAAAUCUAGGCCAUGCUAAGGGUGAGCGAGUCGCAAUCUUCUCUGACACACGGGCGGAGUGGCAGAUUGCCUUACAGGGUUGUUUCAGAAGAAAUAUUACAGUUGUCACUAUCUAUGCAUCCUUGGGGGAGGAAGCUCUAUGCCAUUCAUUGAAUGAGACGGAGGUUUCCACUGUCGUUUGUGGACCUAAGGAGCUGAAAAAGCUGAUUGAUAUUAGCGGACAACUUGACACAGUAAAACGUGUGAUUUACAUGGACGAUGAGGAUGUCUCAAUUGAACUCUCAUCAGCCAAAACAAAAACCCCAUGGACUAUUACGUCUUUCAUUGAAGUAGAGAAACUGGGCCAUGAAAAUCCAGUUGAGGCUGAUCUGCCUGUUGCAUCUGACAUUGCUGUGAUCAUGUAUACAAGUGGAAGCACUGGUUUGCCGAAGGGUGUGAUGAUGACGCAUGGAAAUGUUCUUUCCACGGUUUCGGCAGUCAUGACUAUUGUUCCUUCAAUUGGUUGUAAAGAUGUUUAUUUGGCGUACUUGCCACUAGCUCAUGUUCUCGAGUUAGCAGCUGAGGCUGUGAUGGUUGCUGCUGGGUGUUCUAUAGGAUAUGGAUCACCCUUGACUCUCACCGAUACUUCAAACAAGAUCAAGAAGGGAACUAAGGGUGAUGCUUCAGUCUUAGGACCAACAUUAAUGACAGCGGUACCUGCUAUCCUUGAUCGAGUUCGAGAUGGCGUGCGCAAAAAUGUUGAUGCAAAGGGCGGUCUCGCUAAAAAGUUGUUUGAUAUUGGAUAUAGCAGAAGAUUGAGUGCGAUAAAUGGAAGCUGGUUUGGAGCAUGGGGCCUUGAGAAAAUCCUAUGGGAUUUUGUGGUCUUUAGGAAAGUUCGAGCAAUUUUAGGGGGUCAAAUACGUUUCAUGCUGUCGGGUGGGGCUCCUCUAUCUGGGGAUACACAAAGAUUUAUCAACAUAUGCCUUGGGGCCCCUAUCGGACAAGGGUACGGGCUCACUGAGACUUGCGCCGGUGGAUCAUUUUCCGCGUAUGAUGACACGUCUGUCGGCCGUGUUGGUGCUCCACUUCCUUGCUCAUUUAUUAAGUUAAUUGAUUGGCCAGAAGGUGGAUAUUUAAUUACUGAUUCACCAAUGCCUAGAGGAGAGAUAGUUAUAGGUGGCCCUAAUGUCACUGCCGGAUAUUUCAAGAAUGAAGAAAAAACAAGAGAAGUCUACAAGGUUGACGAGAAGGGAAUGCGGUGGUUCUACACCGGUGACAUUGGCCGAUUUCACUCUGAUGGUUGCCUUGAAAUUAUCGAUCGGAAGAAAGAUAUAGUGAAACUCCAACAUGGUGAAUAUGUUUCACUUGGAAAGGUUGAGUCUGCUCUUAUUGUGAGCCCAUAUGUCGACAACAUUAUGCUCCAUGCCGAUCCUUUCCAUAGUUACUGUGUAGCUCUGGUUGUGGCUGCACCACAAGCUAUCGAAAAUUGGGCUCACAGUAAAGGAAUCACAUUCAGUGAUUUCGAAGAACUAUGCCAAAAGGAAGAAACUGUGAAAGAAGUCCAUGCAUCAUUAGUCAAGGCCGCGAAACAAGCACGUUUGGAGAAAUUUGAGAUUCCGGCGAGGAUCAAAUUGCUGUCUCAGCCAUGGACACCGGAGUCGGGCCUCGUCACGGCAGCGCUCAAGCUCAAAAGAGAGGUCAUUAGAAAGGCAUAUGCUGAAGAUCUGGCUAAGUUUUAUGCUUGA